UAAUGCUAUGCACACACUUAACCCGUAAAGACCUAUAAUGAAUCAGAUGAUUGUCAUACUAUUAGUACAAUAAAUGACAACAUGUAAUACAAUUUUAUAUCUAUAUAUUUAUAUCUCGAUAUAUAUGAAUGUACGAUACAUAACAUGAUUACAUGACGUAAUAAUCGAGAGUCGUUAUUCAACCACAGGACUGUAUAAUAGAGUAAAGAGUUUUUUGUUUUGUUUGUAAAAGUUUGACAACACUUUCAUUACAUUUAAAUACAGAUUUUUAUUAAUAAUAACAAAAUUAUUUUGUCGUUACUAUUAUUGUGAUAUUUGUUUGAUUUUGUCGGUCAUAAUGAAAACAUUGUACACAAUCGGCGUUUUUAUAGUGAUAGCGAUAACAUUAGGUGUCGGCGACGGUCACAAUAAAUACUCGGCCGAAGCCAAUGUCGGGCCGGCGGACAAUCCGUUUCGUAUGAGAAAGUUAAACGACUUCUGGCAUAAAGCGGUCAAACGAUUAGAUCCAAACAAAUUGAAGGCAUUGAUGGCAGACUUCAAAGCUCAAGACAAAGAAGAGAUAACUCUCAAAAAGUUUAAGUCCGACGGACAGGACAAGGAUGGCGUCAAAGAAGCACAAGUGAGGAAACAAUUGGCCGCUAUUUUAAAGAAAUACGGAUUAUCUGAUUCCGAUAAAAUCGAUGAAGAAGUGGAUAAUAAUACUUCUGGUAAACAUCGGGAUCACUAUAUAGAUAAACAAAUAUUUCGGGACAAAAAAUUAGACAAACUGUGGAAAAAAGCGCAAAACAGUGGUCUAAAUGAUGAACAACUGAUGAUACUUAAGGAAGAAUUCAAACACCACGAAAUGAAACUUAAAGAAUAUAAACAACUUAUCGAUGAUAUGAAUGUUAGUGAAGAUAAAAAGAAAUCCAUUGAUGAAGAAAAUCGAGACAAUUCAUUGAAUGUCAUUCUAGACGAAGAAGAACCACAAGAUAAAGACAACAAAGAGGCCGAUGUUGUGCUUAAAGUGAAACACUUUGAGAUUAAAGAAAAUUUCCGACGACUGAGUGAUAAAGUGAUAAACAACGCUCAAGACUUAAGAUCAUCCGGUGAUGAGUUUGACGAACCAAAAGCUCAAACAUUAUGGGAAAUGGCUCUCAAAUCUAACUUCAAUAAAGAAGAACUCAAUUCAUUGCGCGAAGAGUUGGAACACUUUGAAACAAGAAUCAGAAAAUUGAAACAUUUUGAGUCUCAACUGGAUAUGGAUUCAAUCGCCGGUAAAUAUAUCAAUGAAAACAUAGAUCUGACCGGUGAUGACAGUGAUGACAAACAUUUGAAAAGAAAAGUCAAAGAACUGACACAUAAAGUAAACAAACUUCACUCAGAAUUGGAGUCACGAAUAGUUCAAAGACAUCUUGAGUUAUAAAACAAAUUUAUUUUUUAUAUAGUAUUUAUUUAUACAAAAAAAUACAAUU